UCUUCUUCUCCAAUUCUUCUUCAACAACAGCAAUUCUCAAUUCGCUCAAUUCAUUCCUCUUUCUCUCUCUAGAAAUCUCCGAGCUUUAUCUGCCAUGAGAGCUUUUCUCUCUCCGCCAACGCUAAAUUGAGCGAUUUAUUUAAUUACUCUUCGCCAUCAUUUGGGCAUCCACCAAUCAAUAGAUCCCCCAACUGAAACAUGUGGAGAAAUUUAUCAAAGCAAUCCUAUUUGAGAAAUUUCAAGGUUUUUUCGGAAUCCCAUCCUUCCCCCAAUGCCUUCUCCGCCGGAAAAUCCCCCAAAGAUUCCAUUUUUGUCGAAAACGCCGUACCUCGUCAGCUGCGAAGCUGUAUAAAUACAUGUGGCUCCGAAUUAGGUUUCCGGCGAGCUUUAGUAUUUUGGCGGCCACCGCGUGAGGCGAGCUGCCCUAAUUAUGCAAUUUCUAGCCACACUUUUCGAUUUUUUGGGAGUACAAGGGGUUAUGCAGCAGCGGCUGAGGCUUUAGUGUCCACCUCCGAAGAAGAGGUUGACGAACUUCAGGAAUUAAUAGAAGAGAUCAACAAAGAAAUCAACGUGAAAAGCACGGAUAACCGUGAGCAGAAGCAGCCGAAAUUAGUGGGAGGAAUGGGGUUAGGGAAGUACAAUAGUCUUAGGAGGAGACAAAUAAAGAUCGAAACGGAGGCGUGGGAGAAUGCGGCAAAGGAAUAUCAGGAGCUUUUAGAAGACAUGUGUGAGCAAAAAUUGGCCCCCAAUUUGCCUUACAUCAAGUCGUUGUUCUUAGGUUGGUUCGAACCGUUGAGAGAUGCGAUUGCUGCGGAGCAGGAUUUGUGCAAGGAAGGGAAAAACCGCGGUGCGUAUGCACCGUAUUUUGACCAAUUGCCUGCAGAAAUGAUGGCGGUUAUUACGAUGCAUAAGCUGAUGGGUUUGCUGAUGACUGGUGGAGGGAAUGGCAGCGCUCGAGUUGUGCAAGCUGCGUGUCAUAUCGGUGAAGCCAUAGAACACGAGGUCAGGAUUCAUAAAUUUUUAGAUAACUGCAAGAGAAAAAAUGCGUUAAAUAGAACUUCGGAAGAAGGACCUGAUCCCGAGGCAAAGGAACAAGAUAGACUAAGGAAAAAGGUCAAAAUUUUGAUGAAGAAACAAAAAGUUCAGCAAGUUAGGAAUAUAGUAAGGCAUCAAGAUGAUUUGAAGCCCUGGGGCCAAGAUGCUCAAGUGAAGGUUGGGUGCCGUUUAAUUCAGAUACUGACGCAAACAGCCUACAUACAACCUCCAGUUGAUCAGAGGGAUGAUGGGGCACCUGAUAUUCGACCUGCUUUUGUGCACACACUCAAAUGUGUAGAAACAUUGAAAGGUAGCAGGAGAUAUGGGGUAAUCGAGUGUGACCCUCUAGUUCGUAAAGGGAUGGAAAAAACAGCUAGGCACAUGGUGAUUCCAUAUAUGCCAAUGUUGGUUCCCCCGCUAAAUUGGACAGGGUAUGAGCGAGGUGCUUAUUUGUUUUUGCCAUCGUAUAUGAUGCGUACACAUGGAGCAAAACAACAAAGGGAGGCUGUUAAAAGAACUCCAAAGCAGGAGUUGGAACCAAUCUUUCAGGCACUUAAUACUCUCGGCAAUACAAAAUGGAGGGUGAACAAAAGAAUACUGAGUGUUGUAGACAGAAUCUGGGCUAAUGGAGGUCGUCUUGCUGAUUUGGUUGACCGUGAAGAUCUGCCAUUGCCAGAGGAACCAGACACAGAAGACGAAGCAGAAAUAAAGAAAUGGAAGUGGAAAGUCAAAGCUGUGAAAAAGGUCAACAGCGAAAGACAUUCGCAGCGGUGCGAUAUAGAACUCAAACUUGCUGUGGCCAGAAAAAUAAAGGAAGAAGAAGGAUUUUACUACCCUCACAAUCUCGAUUUUCGAGGGCGAGCGUAUCCCAUGCACCCGUAUUUGAACCAUCUUGGCUCAGACCUCUGUCGAGGAAUCCUGGAAUUUGCGGAAGGUCGUCCACUUGGAAAAUCGGGAUUACAAUGGUUGAAAGUACACUUGGCAAAUUUAUAUGGUGGAGGAGUUGACAAAUUCUCUUAUGACGGUCGAAUAUCAUUUACUGAAAACCAUAUGGAAGAUAUUUUCGAUUCAGCGGAUCGGCCUUUAGAAGGAAAAAGAUGGUGGUUAGGUGCAGAGGACCCUUUCCAGUGCUUGGCCACUUGCAUGAGCCUCACUGAAGCAUUAAGAAGUCCUUAUCCUGAGAGUACAGUGUCUUAUAUUCCAGUCCACCAGGAUGGGUCGUGUAACGGCUUGCAACAUUAUGCUGCUCUUGGAAGGGACAAGCUGGGGGCGGCUGCAGUCAAUCUUGUUGCGGGAGAUAAGCCUGCUGAUGUUUACUCUGGAAUUGCUGCCAGAGUUCUGGAUAUAAUGAAGAGGGACGCUGCUAAAGACCCUGCUGAUGAUCCCAAUGUCAUGCGUGCUAGGCUUUUAAUCAACCAGGUGGACAGAAAAUUAGUCAAGCAAACAGUGAUGACAUCAGUCUACGGUGUCACCUACAUAGGUGCACGUGAUCAAAUCAAGAGGAGGCUAAAAGAGCGUGCUUCUAUGGAGGACGAUACAGAGUUGUUUGCCUGCGCUUGCUAUGCAGCAAAAACAACAUUGACUGCUUUAGGAGAAAUGUUUGAGGCUGCACGAAGCAUAAUGAGUUGGCUGGGAGACUGUGCAAAGAUUAUAGCAACGGAGAACCAUCCAGUACGUUGGACAACACCACUUGGGCUCCCUGUUGUCCAGCCUUACCGCAAAUUAGGAAGGCACAUGAUCAAGACUUCUCUUCAGGUUUUGACUCUUCAACGUGAAACCGACAAGGUGAUGGCAAAGCGUCAGAGAACAGCUUUUCCUCCGAAUUUCGUGCACUCUCUCGAUGGGUCCCACAUGAUGAUGACUGCAAUUGCCUGCUCCGAGGCGGGAUUAAGUUUCGCAGGUGUGCACGAUUCAUAUUGGACUCACGCAUGCGAUGUGGACAAAAUGAACGAGAUUCUCAGAGAAAAGUUUGUUGAGCUUUACGAGGCACCAAUAUUGGAGAAUUUAUUGGAUGGCUUUCAACAAUCGUUUCCGAAACUUAAAUUCCCUCCACUUCCAGAAAGAGGAGACUUUGACCUGAGGGAAGUUCUCGAUUCUACCUAUUUUUUCAAUUAGGGGAAUUCUUAUGCCAAUUAUCGACUUGGUCCUUCGCAUCUCUCGACAUUCUUAAAUACUUGAUGCUCCGAUUACUACUACCACAUUGUGUUAGAGAGAAAAGAAUGCCAUCUGAGAAUAAUGGGGUUCGCCAGUUCGUUAUUAUCUGAAGAUGGACUAAUCUUCAUCUACAACGAGUUGACAAUUAUUGCCAGCUGUCAUGGUCCGAGGAUUUUUUAGUAUGCAAGACUGAGUUUUUUGAAGUGCUUAUUAAACGGGGAGAGUAUCGGCCCUGGUUUGUAUAUGAGAAUUGUUUCGAGUCAAAAAUUCGUCGAGAAAUAGGUGUGUACAUAUAUUUUUCUGUUUUUUCCAAGGCUCGAAAGAGCCAAGAAACGAGGUUGGAAGAGCCGUAGUAGAUCAGACCAAAAAAACGGUCUAGUCUAUACGGUUUGCUUUCUGAACUACCGAGCUGUGUAAUGGAUUGAUAUUUAUUAUAUAUGAUUUAUACAAGAAUAAGCCUGAUGUUAUAAAAGCAUUUUAUUGUCUC